AUGGGCGCAAGAUUGCGUCACUCCUACAUUUUGGCAUCAGUAAUUACUGCCGUUGCAUUUGCUGCGGCUGAGAAAGGCCAGCGCCCUGCUCUCAAGAGAUUUAAUAAAGAAGGAGCUAGGGCAUUAUGCAUCAUGUAUGGCCUUGCGGGAUCCAUGCAAAGUGUUGCGGAUGGUAUUUUAAAUACCACAGCACAGAAGAUUAAGUUUAUUCAGAACACAUCCUCUGCUUUGAACAGGACACGGCAGAAGGUUGGUAAGUUAGUUGACUCCAUAAAAGCAAAGAACGCAACGGUGGGGGAUGCGAUAAAGAGGCAUCUCGAUGCGGUGUUGAACGCCAGCGCAAAAGCUGAUGAAGAAGUGAAGAAGCAACAUGAAAUUAUUACAAACGCCUCCAGCAAAGCCGUGGAACACGCAAAAAAGGCAGUGGGGGAUUCUGAGAGCAAAGGAAUGAAUAAGGUACUGACGAUAUACUGCAAUACAACAAUUACUGGUGCAAAGGAAGGUAAGAAGAGUCAUAAUGUGAAUAAUAACUGCGACGAUGGCAUUGCUGCGGCUGCUGGAGCCGGUGCCUUCAAAAUUGAUUGUAAGAGUAUUGGAGGUUCUGAUAAUGUGACUGCUGCUAACGUCACAUAUGAGGCCAUGUCGAAUGCAAUAAACGCUUGGGAUGGUGCAAAACCGGGGCUUGCAGCUGUUAAACAUACGAGCAAGCAAUGGAAUGCGAGUUGCAUAAGUCACGGAUAUGCUUCAGAGGGUCCGUGUACGGUGCCUGAGGAGGAAUGGACGGGAGAUUAUAAUUCUUCCCUACAUGAACUUAAGAAGUUGGAGGAGGCAACAAAAAGUGUUCAUAACGCUGCUGAGGAGUUGAAAAAGCACAAGAAUGCGUUGAAGGAAUUGGUGCGAUCCUCUACCCCGACUGGAAAGCACCAUGAGAAGAAGUCAUUGAAAUCGUCUAUAGACGGAAUAAUAUCGAAGGACAUUGUCACGUGCAUAAUUGUGGUGACUGCUUCGUUACUCUUUUUGGUUCUCGGUUUCUUGCUAUUUCGCUGCAUAAAGAACAGCUUGAAGGUGCAGAGUGCUUACGCUCCCGUUUCCGCAGUCGCUGAGGAAGAAGAGGAUUGUUAG